AUGGCGAAGGCGGGCAGAAAAGGAUGCGGGUGCUCAGGCUUCCUGAAGAAGAACUGGCUCCUGCUCAGCACGGUCGCCGCCGUGCUGCUGGGUAUUGGAGUCGGCAUGCUAGUACGGGAAUAUGGCAAGCUGUCUAACCUGGAUAAAUUCUACUUUUCCUUCCCUGGGGAAGUGCUGAUGAGAAUGCUGAAACUCAUAAUUCUGCCCUUAAUCAUAUCAAGUAUGAUCACAGGUGUUGCUGCUUUGGAUUCCAGUGUUUCCGGGAAGAUUGGUUUGCGAGCAGUCGUAUAUUAUUUCUGCACUACAGUCAUUGCUGUAAUACUAGGGAUUGUCUUAGUGGUGACUAUUAAACCUGGAGUGCCUCAAACAGCAAAUGAGAUUGACAGAGUAGGUAGUACUCCAGAAGUCAAUACUGUUGAUGCCAUGCUUGAUCUGAUCAGGAACAUGUUCCCAGAAAACCUUGUCCAGGCCUGUUUUCAACAGUAUAAAACCAAACGUGAAAAAGUUGAAGCUACAACUAGCAUGGAUAAAAACAGCUCCACGUUUCUGGAAGAACCUGUCACAUCUGCUACGACAGCAGAGGCUUCAGAGAACAAAACCCAAGAAUACAAAAUCGUUGGCAUGUAUUCCGACGGCAUCAAUGUACUGGGGUUGAUCGUCUUUUGUCUUGUGUUUGGAAUGGUUAUUGGGAAAAUGGGAGAGAAAGGACAAGUGCUGGUGGAUUUUUUCAAUGCACUGAAUGAGGCUACAAUGAGGAUAGUUCAGAUAAUUAUGUGGUAUAUGCCAGUGGGUAUCAUCUUUUUAAUUGCUGGGAAGAUAAUAGAAGUUGAGGACUGGGAAAUCUUUCGUAAACUGGGUCUCUAUAUGGCUACAGUACUAAGUGGACUUGCGAUCCAUUCCACUAUAAUUCUGCCACUGAUCUACUUAAUAAUAGUAAGGAAAAAUCCUUUUCGGUUUGCCAUGGGUAUGGCUGAGGCACUUCUGACAGCCCUCUUGAUUUCUUCCAGUUCAGCGACUUUGCCUGUCACCUUCCGCUGUGCAGAAGAAAAAAAUUUAAUCGACAAAAGAAUUACCAGGUUCGUUCUUCCAGUUGGAGCUACCAUCAACAUGGACGGCACAGCUCUUUAUGAAGCAGUAGCUGCUGUAUUUAUUGCACAGCUGAAUGACUUAAAACUGGAUAUUGGCCAAAUAGUUACCAUUAGUGUCACAGCUACAGCAGCCAGCAUUGGGGCUGCAGGUGUGCCCCAAGCCGGACUUGUCACCAUGGUGAUUGUACUGAGCGCUGUUGGCCUGCCCGCUGAAGAUGUUACUCUGAUCAUUGCAGUUGACUGGCUUCUGGAUCGAUUCAGAACAAUGGUGAAUGUCUUGGGAGAUGCCUUUGGUACUGGGAUAGUGGAGAAGCUCUCUAAAAAGGAGCUGGAACAGAUGGAUGUCACCUCUGAAGUCAACAUAGUCAAUCCUUUUGCCUUGGAAACAAUACUUGAUAACGAUGAAACAGAGACCAAGAAAUCCUACGUCAACGGAGGCUUUGCAGUAGAUAAGUCUGACACCAUAUCCUUCACGCAGACUUCUCAGUUCUAA